AUGGACCGCGAGCCCCGUGCCCACGACGGGGAGGUGGAGGCCCGAUGGAAGUGCCACCUCGUCGACCGCGAGAUGAAUCCGCGGGGGAAGAAGAGGAUGAGCACCGACGACGAUCCGCGUGCCGGCGGAGCGUCCAGCUCCAACGCGAUGAGUUCAGAUGCGUGGGCUGAGAAGGUUCAUGCGGAGGGCGAGAUGACCGAUGAAAGCGCCGCGUCUGCUACACUGGCGCGGUCUCCACCGUCCUCACCCAGCGCUGCCCUAUCCGAGGAGUCGUCCACCUACUCCCUGCCACAGGAGAUGGUAGACAGACUGAGGUGUCCGCGGGGGAAGAAGAGGAUGAGCACCGACGACGAUCCGCGUGCCGGCGGAGCGUCCAGCUCCAACGCGAUGAGUUCAGAUGCGUGGGCUGAGAAGGUUCACGCGGAGGGCGAGAUGACCGAUGAAAGCGCCGCGUCUGCUACACUGGCGCGGUCUCCACCGUCCUCACCCAGCGCUGCCCUAUCCGAGGAGUCGUCCACCUACUCCCUGCCACAGGAGAUGGUAGACAGAUUGAGGCAAAUCAUGGCCAAUCAUGAGGCGGACGAGCAGCUGCAAAUUCAAAGAGACGCCGAGCUGUCCAAACUUACACUGGAGAGCGAUUUUUGCGACAUUGAUGACGGCAGUUCCCGGAGUUGUAAAGCUCGGAAGGUGGCUGUGCUAGCUUCACGGUCCGUCGUUGCUCUCUCUUCAUUUUCAGAUGAAAAGAGGAUAAGAGUUUGCGCAGGAUUCGUGAUAUCAUCCAAUGCUUGUACAGAUACCUACAAAAUCUUAACUUCGGCAACACUAAUAAGGUCUCUUAACACGAAUAACAUUUUGAUCAAGGUGUGUUUACCAAAUGGGGAUAUCUCUGAUGGCAUCAUAUCCAUGGUAGAUUUUCACUAUAACAUAGCUGUUGUUAAAGUGAAAUCUGAUCAGAAACUUCCAGAGGCAGUUAUGAUUAGUGAAGUUAUCAAAAGAGGAGCCGUGUUAGCGAUUGGACGUUUCUAUGAUCAUGGUAGAGUGAUGUGCGCACAAGGUAAAAUCAUAAAACAAGCAAGUACAUUUGAUUGCUCGGAGCUUCUAGUAUCAAGCUGCCAGACGACCAUGGCGGGUGUUGGAGGUCCCCUUGUAAAUUACAGUGGUGAUGUCGUGGGUAUCAAUUUCUACGGAGAGAACCACACACCCUUUCUUUCAACGGGAGUUAUUGUAAGAUGCUUGGAACAUUGGAGAAAAUAUGGAAAAAUAAUUCGACCUUGGCUUGGAAUCUGUACAAGCCUAUUGAUAUGUUGCCAUUUCGAGUUUUGGAGAGAUGUGCAUAUCUUGGCAAGGGUUUGUAUAUUUUAGAUGUAUGAAACUCUUCUUUUUAUCGUUUCUUACUUAUUACUGUACUAGUUCAUGAAAGAUCAAAGCAUUUUUUUUCAGGAUGGUUUUUGUGUGUGUAGAUAGCAUUUGUAGGCAUUUUCACUAUUAUGAACACAAACUCUUUGGUACUCAUCUUCUGUGGAUUUCUCAACAUUUACGGUAUUGCUGCACUUUUGUUAUAGAAAGAUCUUCAAAGAUAAUUAUGAUAAUUGCUGGAAAAACAUAAUUUUUAGUGGCAAAAGCAUCCCAAAUAUAAGGGUGUGAAUGGACUCGCGGGAGAUACAUUUUGAACAUUUUCAUGCAAAGCUAGUUAUUUAGUUUUUUUUUUCUCCUAAAUGCAAGGUUGCUCAAAAUGCUAAUACUUGACUAUAUGUACAAUUCUAUUUUUUAAUGUUCUUUAUGUGCAAUCUAAAAUCUCAAGAGUGAUGGUAGUGAUAUUCAUAUUUC